AUGGCUUCGAAAAGGGAGAAAGCAGUGGUCGAUGAGACAGUUUCGGAGGCGGAAGACAUACUCAGGGGGAUUGAAAACAUCAGAAGCAACAAAGACGUAGCAGCUACCAACGAUCAAUUACGCAGCCUCCUGCAACGUCUCUACCUGGCUAUUUGCACACUCCAGCAGUACAAACGGAACAAAGACCCGCCCCGGAAUGCGAUCGUCGAGGCAGACAAGGCCCUCCUUGAAGGGUGGAAGGCCCUGCUGAAGACCAUUGAGGCGCUGUCCGCAGGAGCUCCGAAUGGCCAGUUUCUGGCGGCUCGCAUGAUGCUUUUCCUCAUGCAUGGCUUUAUAUACCAGGAAGGCUUCCCAUAUGACCUACAGGAUUCGCCUCUGAACCGAGACAGGGUGAAAAGUCAAAUGGCUUUCUCGAAUGCCGUGGAUGAAGCGUUGCGAUCCCAGCUCAGCCUUAUUUGGGAGAAGAGCGGGAAAAAGGAGGACUUCAGGUGGGCUCUUACGCAUCUCGAAUCUAAGCAUCUCGAAUCUGAGGAUGAUAUCAUCCGUACGGACUACAACCAAGCCGCCAUGAUGGCUCUCUCGUCGGAAGGGUUGUGGGAAGUUCCCGGCAUGACGGGACAACAGCUGUGGAAGCCGAAGCCGGGUGAUGAACCAAUUUUUGAGCCCUUUGAAAAUGCUACGAGUUAUGAGUUUGCGGAAGACGAGUGGGAUGAUAUUGAAGACGAGGCAGACCGGCACGAUGAUGACGACAACAAAGAGGAUGAAGAGGAUGAAGAAGAUAACGAGAACAAUGGCAGUCAAGAUGGCAAUGUUGGUGAUGUGGAACAGCCAAUUAUCAGUCAGACAUUCUUCUCAAAUGGACCUCUCGAGGCGGAAAUGGAGUACUGCCUGGUCAAAAGGAAUGCAGAGUCUUGGCUGGAAGGCCCGCGUUUGAAACUCUCCCGGAAGUUUGUGAAGGAGGUAACAAACAAAGCCUGA